CGUUACGUUCCAGUAGCCAGGAAUUCUCUCUGUUAAAGGGGGAGGAGAGGGAGAGAAAUUCUAUAUCGUCAUUUAAUAUCGAAGAGGGCAAAGCGCGUGAAAGUUAAAACGCCACUUUUUAAGCCGAAACAUACAGACGCAGCAGUGCGCCCAUUGAGUUUUUUGGCGAACCACCCCUUCCUUUUUAAAUACGCAAAAACUGAAGAAGGGGAAACAUAACAGGAGAAACAUAGAGAAACUUUUUAAUUGAUUGGUUUAAUCUACUUUUCCAUUCCAUCUGUUGCCAUCAGCUGGUCGGGCUUCCCACAGCACCUCUUGCUUCAACUCUUCCUACCACGGGCCUUAGUGCACCAUGGCCGGAGCUGGUGCGGGUGCCAGGCCGGGCUCUGUGCGCUCCAGGAUGGGUAAAGCUGCCGCGCUGGCCCGGUUGCUGAACCGGGAUUGCACUCGCCUGCUGGAACUAUAUAGAGAGAGAGAAGGCUUCUCGCCUGACCUGUCCCUGGAGAAGGGUCGCAUUGUGGCCCUCGUGCUGUCCGCCCCCCACCUCUCCGCCAACGAGAGGGUGUGGCUCCUGCACUCCGCCCUGCACCAGUGCCUCAGGCUCUUUGAGCGCGUGAUUGGCUGGGAGAUAGAGCAGGGCUUCGGGGGCGAGGGCGAGUACGAGAGGGUGCGGAGCACGGUGAAGGACAGGCUGGGCCACCUGCUCCAGAGCACCAAGAACCUCCUGGCGGAGACGGAGGGAAUUACACCACUGACCCCUGACCCAAACAACCCAGAGGAGACAGAUGGGUUGGAAAAAGGUGGCAUAUUUGAGGCGAAGCUCUGGACUUUCCGGGUCCUACAGGAGCUGAUCCACUGGACCCAGUCCGCCGCCCAGACUCUGCACUCAGUGCAGUCAGAGAGAGAGAAGGAAAGAGGGAGAACUACUGUGAGAAAGGGAAAGAGGGACAAAGGAGAAGUGCAGAGCUGAGAGAAAAUAAGGGCAGAGAAAAGGAGAGAGAGAAAGAUAGAUGAUAUGCAGGUGAAGGGAAGGAGUGCAGAGCUGAGAAAGAGAGGGAGAGGGAGAGAAGAGGAGGGCGAACGAAAAGUUGGAUUAUAGGAUGUGCAGAAAGGGAACGAGUGAACCAGAGUAAUGUAACUAUAUGCAGAUAACAAUUCAUUUAGAAAUAGACUCGAAAGUAACACAGGAAGUGUGAAGAGUUCUUUCUUUAAAAAGUAACAGGGUUUAUUACCCUUUUUCAUUAGCAAGUGUGAUUUAUGAUGAUUGUAUGGGCUGCUAACCUGCUGAAUUGAAAGACUGGUGCCCUGGUAAACACCAUGACCCAUCCAGUCCCCGUCUUUGCAAACACUUUCAUGAUUUUAUUUUCAGGUGAAUUGUAAUUUAAUCCAAGAUCUGAACUAUAAUUAUGUUGCCUUUUUAGCUCUAACCCACUCAAGUACAAAAACUAACUUUAUUUUGAGGUGAUGACGUGUCACAUUGUUGUGUUAGAAUAGUGUUGGCUAUAAAAAGAAAUGAAAACAGGGAAUAACAAUGACAAACGGUUUCCAUUCUGUAGUCCAUUCUGUACUUUUGCGAAGAUCCUGCAAAGACUUGAGUGUUGUGGCUAAAACGUUAUUGGUUCCAACGCUCCUUUAUUCUUUCAACAGGGGGGAAAGGAUGUAAUAAAUGUUAAAAUGGUGGAACGGUUUGAGGGACUGGGGAAAAAAUACAUGCGAUUGGAGGAUUUGAGGGGAAAAACACUCCUGACUAAUGAGCUGAAAGUUUUAUUUUGAUUUUUGUUUGUAUUUUUAUCGCAUUGGUGUGCGAUGGAGUUAGGGUAUUUAAUGUAAGUUUGUAUGAGGGCAAAUUUGAAAUGAAAAUUGAUUUUUGUGUGUGUGUGUGUGUGCGUGCGCGCACACGCAUGUGUAUGUGUGUGUGAGAGAGAGAGAGAAGGAGAGAAAAAGAGAGAAACUUGCUUGGUUGUGUAUGAUAUGAGGGUGUGAGAUAUGUGGAAAGAUGGUUGUCGGGGGGAAAGCCUGAUGUUAAUAUUAGGAAAUGGGGAAAGAGAUGUGUGGAUAUGUGCAGCAGGACCAAACCGUAUGCAUGCAUGAAAUGGAGGACAGAGCCUGUAAGACUGCAUGUUUGUGCUGUGUUAAGAGUGACAGAGGGAGUAAGAAGGGUUAAGGGAGGGACGAGUGUGAGAGAGAGAGAAAGAGAGAGAGAGUGCAUGUGUGUGUGUGUCUGCUGGUGUAUGUGCAUGUGUGUGUGUGUGUGUGCAUUUGUGACAGGUAAACAGGAUGUAGGUAUGUGUGUGAGUGUGCAUGUGCAUAUGUGAUGUGUAAGCAGGGGGCGUGUGUGCACGUGCAUAUAUGAUGGGUAAGCAGGGUGUGUGUGUGUAUGUGUGUUCACGCAUAUGUGAUGGCUAAGCAGGAUGUGUGUGUGUGUGUGCGCGCAUAUGUGAUGGGUAAGUAGGGUGUGUGUGUGUCUGUGUGCGCAUGAAUAUGUGAUGGGUAAGCAGGAAAUGUGUGUGUGUGUGGGUGUGUGUGUGCGCAUAUGUGUUUGGUAAGCAGGAUGUGUGUGUGCGUGUGAGUGCACAUGUGUGUUUGGUAAGCAGGAUAUGUGUGUGUGUGUGUGCAUGCGUGUGUGUACGCGCAUAUGUGUUGGGCAUGCGGGGUGUGUGUGUGUGUGUGUGUACGUGCAUAUGUGUUGAGCAAGCAGGAUGUGUGUGUGUGUGUGCGCGCGCGCGCGUGCGUGCACAUACGAGGAGGUGUGAAGGAUGGUGAGGGAAAGUGUGUGUAUGCCUGUGAGAGAGAACGAGGAGGAGGGUGGGUGUGUGUGUGAGACAGUAGGAGAGGUAGUACGUGUCUGUGUGCAUAAGAGAGAGAGGGAGGGGGAGGGAAGGAGACAGUGUGUCUAAGCAUAUGUGUGUGUGCGUGCGUAUGUGUGAGGGGGGAGGGUGUGUGUGUGUGUGUGUGUGCGCGUGUGCGUGUGUGUGCGUGUGUGUGAGUGUGUGUGUGUGAGGGAGGGAGGGAGGAGAGGAAGUCUGUGCUGCAUGAGAGGUUUUGUGUGUGUGUUUGUGAGACAGAAACCACUGAAUACUGUGUGGGUAGUCUGAUGCAUCUAUGGUUGCAUGCAUGCAUGCAGUCAUAUGACUAGCCACUGCUGUUGGUAUUUUAUUAUACACUUCCAACAUUAAAUGUAUUACUGUAUUAGUACAAUAUUACUGUGUUUAAUAACAAAAAUGUAAUAAAUUAUUGUUUUUGUCACUCAAAA